AUGGCCAAUCUUGACGUAGAUGCGAUGCUCAAGAAGCUGACUCUUAGCGAAAAGGUUGAGUUGCUCUCUGGCAUUGACUUCUGGCACACCAAGGCUCUACCCAAGUAUGGAAUCCCCUCCAUUCGCAUGUCCGAUGGCCCCAACGGCGUCCGGGGCACGAGAUUCUUCAACGGCGUUCCCGCAGCUUGCUUUCCUUGUGGGACUGCCCUUGGCUCGACCUUCAAUCAAGAGCUUCUCGAACAGGCUGGCAAGACCAUGGGAGACGAGGCCAUUGCCAAGAGCGCCCACUUGAUUCUCGGUCCGACAAUCAACAUGCAGCGAUCGCCUCUAGGCGGCCGUGGCUUCGAGUCUAUCGGUGAAGACCCAUUCUUGAGUGGUCUCGGCGCCGCGGCACUGGUCCGCGGUAUUCAGAGCACUGGUGUCGUCGCUACCAUCAAGCACUUCCUCUGCAAUGAUCAAGAGGACAAGCGUAUGGGUGUCCAGAGCAUAGUCACUGAGCGGGCUCUCCGCGAAAUUUACGCUAUGCCCUUUCAGAUUGCUGUUCGCGAUGCCCGCCCCGGUGCCUUCAUGACUGCUUACAAUGGCAUCAAUGGCACGUUUUGCAGCGAGAAUGUUAAGUAUCUAGAUGGUAUGCUGCGCAAGGAAUGGGGCUGGGACGGUCUUAUCAUGAGUGACUGGUAUGGCACGUAUAGCACAAAUGAUGCCAUCAAGGCUGGUCUUGAUCUCGAAAUGCCAGGUCCUUCGCGCUUCCGCGGUGAAGCUCUCCAGUUCAACGUCUCAACAGGCAAGCCAUUCAUUCACCACAUCGACAAUCGCGUGCGCCAAGUGCUCAAUCUCGUCAAGAAAGUAUCGUCUCUACCAAUCCAAGAGAACGGCCCCGAAUCAACGCUUGACACCCCCGAAACGGCUGCCUUGCUCCGAAAAAUUGGCAAUGAAAGUAUUGUCCUGCUCAAAAACGACGACAAUAUUCUGCCUUUUUCCAAGGAGAAAAAGACGCUGGUACUUGGACCCAACGCCAAGGAGGCCACUUACCAUGGCGGUGGCUCUGCUGCUCUUCGUGCCUAUUAUGCUGUUACUCCAUUUGACGGCAUCAGUGAGAAGCUCGGCAGCCAGCCUAUCUUUACUGUCGGGGCCUAUACCCACUGCUUCUUGCCCAUCCUGGGAAACCAACUCACAGACCCUGACGGCAAGCCUGGCAUCCGUUGGCGGGUCUUCAACGAGGCUCACGGUGAUGCUCAUCGCAAGGUAAUUGACGAGCUCCAAUUCAUAAAGACCGAGAUGCAUUUGGUCGACUACAGCAACCCCAAAGUCAACAAUGUGUGGUACGCCGAUAUGGAAGGCUCUUUAGUUGCCGAUGAGGACUGCACAUAUGAGAUUGGUGUCGUUGUUUGUGGCACGGCCAAGGCAUUCGUCAACGGCCAGCUGAUUGUCGACAACGCUACAAAGCAAGUCGCCGGCAAUGCAUUUUUUGGUGCCUCGACCCGCGAAGAGCGCGGCCGCGUCGAGAUGAAAAGGGGGGAAACCUACCAUUUCCGCAUCGAGUUCGGCUCCGCCCCCACAUACACUCUCAAAGGCGAUGCCUACGUACCCGGCCACGGCUCCCUACGCGUCGGCGGCUGCAAGGUCAUCGACGACCAGCGGGAGAUCCAAAAGGCCGUGCAGCUCGCCAGGGAGCACGAUCAAGUCAUCAUCUGCGCAGGUCUCAACGCCGACUGGGAGACGGAGGGUGCCGACCGUGCCUCGAUGAAGCUGCCCGGCGUCCUCGACCAGCUCAUUGCCGAGGUCGCGGCCGCCAACCCCACCAUCGUCGUAGUCAUGCAGACGGGCACGCCCGAGGAGAUGCCCUGGCUCUCGCAGACCAAGGCCGUCCUGCAGGCCUGGUACGGCGGUAACGAAACAGGCAACUGCAUCGCCGACACCAUCUUUGGCGACUCGAACCCCUCGGGCAAGUUGUCGCUCAGCUUCCCCAAGCGUCUUCAAGACACCCCCGCCUUUCUCAACUUUCGCACCGAAGCCGGCCGCACGCUCUACGGCGAGGACGUCUACAUUGGCUACCGCUACUACGAGUUUGCAGAACGCGAGGUCAACUUUCCCUUUGGCCACGGCCUCUCUUACACAACGUUUAGCUUUUCCGACCUCUCCGUCGUCGUUGCCAGCGGCAAAAUCAGCGCCACCGUCCGCAUCACCAACACGGGCCAACGCGAGGGCGCUGCCGUUGCGCAAAUGUACAUUCAACCCAAGCAGCCUGCGCGCAUUAACCGGCCCGUCAAGGAGCUGCGCGGCUUCGCAAAGGUCGAGCUCGAGGCGGGCGCAUCCCGGACAGUCACCAUCAGCGAGCUUGAAAAGUAUGCGGCGGCGUACUUUGACGAGGAGCGCGAGCAGUGGUGCGUCGAGGCGGGUGACUACGAUGUCACCAUUAGCGACAGCAGCGCCGUGACGGACAAGACGCUGCGGGCGGCAAUUACCGUGCCCGAGACUUAUUGGUGGUCCGGCAUUUAG